UGUUGGAUUAUCGACGGAACAAUGUGCUGUGAAACUCCAGCUGUCAUUUGAAAAAUGUCCAGAACACAAAUGCUGAGAGUGCUGGUCAACCAGCGACUAAGUGCGGCGGUCGAAGAGAUAUUUGGACUGAUUGAAAGAACAAUAGAAGAAUACCAAGAGGAAGUUUCUUGUUCUAAGGAAGAGAAUGUACGGCAACUCGAGCUACUGAAUGACAUCUGUGUUCCCAGUCACUCUCUGCAAAUGUCCAGAGUCCAAAUGCUAAGAGUGUUGGUGAAUCAGCGGCUAACAGCGGCUGUUGAAGAGACAUUUGGACUAAUUGAAGAAACGAUAGAGGAGUAUGAGGAGGAGUUUGAUCGCCAACGACAGUUACUGGAUAAUAUCGCGAAGCCUGAGAUCCAGAUAAGGAAAGCAGAUUCUCCUCAGUUCCUUGUCUGCAAAGUGGAGGAUUUUCCUGAGCAGCAGCAGCAGCAGCAGCAGCAGCAGCAUUGGAGCCCCAGUCCUGACCAGGAGCAGCCAGAGCCCAAACACAUUAAAGAGGAACAGCAAGAACUGUGGAGCAGUCAGGAGGGAGAGCAGCUUCAAGGGCUGGAGGAGGUGGAUAUCAUCCCUUUCACUCCUGUCCCUGUGAAGAGUGAAAAAGAUGAAGAGAAAGCUCCAUCCUCACAACCACAAGCUCUAGCUAGCAGCUCCACUGAACCCACGAAAACAGAAGCUGAUGGAGAAGACUGUGGAGCACCUGAAGCAGCCAGGGACUUAGAUCCAGAUGGUGAUUUAGAACCAACUAGUGAUGGCCAAUUCUUUUCUUCAGAUUUUUCAGACAUUGACACUGAAGACAGCGAUGACGAUUGCAAAGAGACUGAUGAACCUCAUUCAGGUUUAGAUACACUGAACUCUGGGGAAGGACCCUUUGGCUGCAUAGUUUGUGGUAAAAGAUUUAGUUUGACGGAACAUCUAAACAGACACAUGAUCAGUCAUUCACAGAAUAAACCCUUUAGUUGCCCAGUCUGUGGUAAAGGAUUUCAUCAGAAGAGAAAUGUACAGGUGCAUAUGAAAAACCAUACAGGGGAUUUGCCCUUUAGUUGCACAGUUUGUAGUAAAAGAUUUGGUUACAAGGGAAUUCUGGAAAGGCACAUGACCAGUCAUACUGGAGAGAAACCGUUUGACUGUAAAGUUUGUGGAAAAGGAUUUGGCCUAAAGGGGCAUUUGCAGAGACACAUGAAACUCCAUACAGGGGAGAAACCUUUUGGUUGUUCAGUUUGUGGCAAAAGAUUUACCCAGAGAGGAACAGUAGUUACACACAUGAGAAGUCAUACAAUGGAGAAACCUUUUAGUUGCUCAGUUUGUGGUAAAAGAUUCAGCCAGAGUGGCACUUUGGGUACACACAUGAGAAAUCAUACUGGGGAAAAGCCUUUUGGCUGCUCAGUUUGUAAUAAAAGUUUUAGUCAGAGAGGAGCAUUGAUCACACACACGAGAAGCCAUACUGGGGAGAGGCCAUUCAGUUGCUCAGUUUGUGGGAAAAGUUUUGUUCAGAAAUGUAAUCUGAAAACACACCUAAGAAUCCACACUGGGGAGAAACCAUACAGCUGCAAUGUGUGCGGGAAAAGAUUUACUCGGUUGUCAAACAUCAGAGGCCACAAGUGUUGCACUGAACCAGCAGCAGCUAAUACUGCAGGUGGUGGUGAGCAGGGUGAGCAGAGCUGCUUAUUGAGGUGAAUUAGUGGUAAUACUUCAUUUAUACUUUCCCUCCAUUGUGAUACAUUGUAAGUGAAUAAUUAGACUGCAGUCAGAGGCAUUGUAAAAAAUAAAUAAUCAGACAACAUAAGAAUAUGUUGUCACUUAUGUCAGUUCAGUAACUAUACACAUAUACUAUAUAACUUUCAUUAACAAGUAAAGAAAGUCUCAUUUUCACUACAAAGAUCGACCUCUUUGUGGUGUCUGCAUAUAUGUGGUGCUGUGUGUGUUGUCUUGCCUGUGAUAGUGGAUAACAUAUAAUUGAGUGCCACAGACAGCAAAGUGUUGUUUUGUCAACAACACAGAUAUUUUUAUUGACUCUGUUUCUUCAUUCUCUCCCACUGCAGACAUAACGACAUGUACUAGCUCAUCCAGUUGAAGAACCAGUGAGUGAACGGGAGGAUCGUCAGUUCAGAUUUAGUUUUCCAUUUUUCAGCACAUUCAAAUGUGCAUUCAUUUUUCAUUGACAUUGUUGCACCCCUGCUAUUUAAAACGCUAAAACUCAAAAAGUGAUCUGGAUUUUCCUGCUGGUCAACACAUAGUCCAACAAGGACAAUAUCCUUGAGGCCUUUUUCAACGACGGGAUUAGUUUCAGCACAAGGCAGUCAUUGUUCCCAUCUGGUACAAACGCCAGAGACUGACCACUUUUCACAUGUCAGCUUUUUGUGAUGUGUAAUGCCACUGCCUCUGCUGCAAUAGAAGAUUAUUUAUAUUUGAAGAUUUCCUAAAUUUCUACAUCACUUAAGUUAUUUUUCAUUUUCUUUUGUGCCAUUGUUCUGGAAGAUGAUGGGGAUGUUCUCCUUUAUCUGACAU